AUGGGAAGCCCCUUGGCGACGGACUUCAAGACCCCGAAAGGUUGGAGCCCGGCCAACUCAAUGGACUUCGGCGUGGCAUCCGGCUCCGUACCGUCUGGCUACAGGACGGCGCAGAGCUCCCCAAAGCUGGGUGUUCAGCAGAGCCCCGCGGACCAGUCGUUGCUGGCGAAGGGAGCAGCAGAUGGAGAUGAGUGGCGCGGCUGGACAAUCCAAACGUCGCCACAGGGCAAGCUGUUCUACCACCACAUUGCCUCCAAUACCUCCCAGUGGCAGAUGCCUCGGGAGUUGGCGCCAGUUCUUGGAGAGUGGACACAGGUAGAGGAGGAGGGCAAGCGGUACUGGCGAAACGAGAAGCUGGGAGUCUCCUCGUGGAAGGACCCACGGAGGACCACCAACCUCUUUCAGGCCGCGCUCGAUGGGAAUCUCUUCUUUCUUCAACUCUACACAGAAGUUGGGGGGUUCCUCGAUGCAGUGGAUAGCAAGGGUCGCACAGCCCUUCACUACAACUGCGCCGGCGGCUCCUCACAGGCCGUGCACUACUUGCUACAGCACGGCGCCAGCGUUGACUUGGCGGACCGUUCAGGCUCUACUCCUCUACACUGGGCAGCACGGUACGGGCACGCUCCUAUCGUGAGGUUGCUUCUGGAGUCCAAAGCACACCCAGACUACCAGAACAACAUGGGCGAUACAGCGAUGCACGAGGCUGGCAGCCGAGAGCACGCAACUUUCAAGCGCCAGCAAGCCUCUCCAGCCUCUAUAUCGCGGCGGCGCUGGGACUUGCAGAGCCUCUUCAGUGGCUGGUGCUCCCCGCCGAACGCCGGCGGCGAUCGAACGUCUUAA